CUUUCAAUUAAGAACAGCCGUGGUACCGCGGUGUUCUUCGAAUCAAUUCAGUAUCCGUCUCCUUGGAGAGGCCAAACGAGUUUUCCGUCCGAUUUUCGAGGUUAGGUUUCUCAUCCGUCGAGAACCACCUUAUCUCUAGUACCUGGAAGAACCACCGCAGAGCAAAGUGACCUGGGAUUGCAGGUACAACAGGGUACCACUUUGUUUCAGUCGAGUUUUCGGUAGCGAAAACGCCUCCGGCAUAUUUGCGUGAUCAAGUCGCCAAUGAAACAAGUGAAGUAAACUCGCCGUUCGAUUGUUUACAUACGCGCAUACCUUGCUGAGAAACGGGAGAUAUUUUUGAGAAUGAGUUGUUCCUAGGAGUUGCAGUUUUAAGUUUUGCUAUUUUACGCCGUAAUUCGGAGUGUGAAGGUUGCUGCGAAAGUAUUAGAAAGCAUCAACAGACGCGGAUAAAAGCAGAUCAAAAAAUGCUGUUGCGCGUAGCUCUUCCGGUGACCGUCCUGCUGGCAGCCAGUCUCUUCCUUCUGCUGCAGCACGUCGAAAGUUGCAACGAAGCGAUUUGUGGCAGCGUCGUCAGCAAAUGCUUGCUCACCAAGUCGUGCAACUGCAACGUCAAGAACUGCACGUGCUGCAAGGAUUGUUUCAACUGUUUGAGUUAUCUGUACACCGAGUGCUGUUCUUGUGUCGACAUGUGUCCGAAGCCCAACGAUACAGGAGGAGCAUCAGCCUUGGGCAGGAAGUCUCACGUCGAGGAUUUUAACGAAGGCAUUCCCGGACUUUUUUCAGCUCUCACUGAAGUUCCGGAUACUCUGAAACGGUGGGAUGUCAAAACUUUCCCUGUUGACAUAGAGUACAGUCAAUACGGACCCAAGAAGGAGAUCAAAAUAAAGAUGCAGAGCGCCGAGCAAGAAGUGGUGCCCAGCAAACAGAAUGUGAUCACAGUGAACUGCACUGUGGCCUUUUGGUCCCAAUGCAUGAGCUGGACCAAGUGCAAGAGCAGCUGCCAGUCGAUGGGCGCGUCGAGCUACAGGUGGUUCCACGACGGCUGUUGCGAAUGUAUCGGGCAGUUCUGCGUCAAUUAUGGCAUCAACGAGAGCAGAUGUACUGCAUGUUCUCAAGAUGGAGGAAAGUACCUGGACGUCGCAGAUGAUGAAAUGGAAUACGACUAUGGUGAAGAUGAUUUCGAAGAGAAUGAAUGAUUUUUUUUUUGGGGAAUUUUUCUCCGUGUGAAAACCGUAAUAGUAUCUAGUAGAGUCGUUUGUAUUAGAUUUUUUAAGAACCUUCAGAAUCUUGUGUCAAACAAUUACAUUUUAAUGAUGUAUGGUGAAAAAAGAAAACUUGCAUAUUUAGGUGGUAUCUCAGGUUGCAUUCUUGAGAUAUCAUGUUUAUAAAAUUCAGACUGAAUCUCAUUUAUACACCAGUAAAAAUAUGUACCAUAUAAGGUAUAAUUAAAAAAACUGAAAAUACAUCGUAUAUGCCUUCUAUUCAUGAUUCAUCCUUGGUAAGAUCAUCAAUAUGAGCCAUAAGUGCUGAAAAAAUGUCAAAUAAAACAACAUAAGUAAUACGGUCAAGUAUUACAGCGGAAGUAUUAGUAUAUUCGUUAAUUUAUAUUAUCUAAAUGUCAACAAUAUCUAUAGGUAUAUUUUAUAGAUUAAAUAUUUUACUGGCUGAUUAUCUAUUACAUUAUAGUGUCGAAUACAAAAUUAUUUUUGUACAUUUGUAUUAUAUGGAUUUUUAAUAAAAAAAAC